GACGCAGUGUUGGGCCAAUGAUACAACUUUCCCACAAACGACAAAGGAGCAUCUGCAGGAGUCCAGGAGGAAGGCCGCGGUGGCCACAACGAACGUCAUCAGCUGAGGACUCAACACUGGAGCCGCAAUACUAUACAAUAAAACACAACUUUUCUGACAUAAAACAUCAGUGUUGUCUGCUGUCCAUGGUGCUGAAAGACGGCCUAGCAUAGGUCCGUGUUGGGAUAGAUACAGUAUUGAUGGAGAGACAGAUUUUUUUAACACCACUUCAGAAAGAAAGGAGAGGGAGAUCUGGUGUUAGACAGACAUAGAUGGAUCGCACAGGAGAGAAAGGACGCAGAGAAUCGCAUCAGACAGACAAGAAAUAACUCAAUAGAGAGUUGAUUUAUCUGCAUCGUUUGACAACCGAGUAACAAGUGCCUUGCCCACUUAAGCAGGCCCUCAGGGGGGAUCUAGAAACGCCGCUGUCUGCACGCAUCUCAUCGCUGACGUCACUCGAGCGGCUCGCUCGCCCUUCUGGACCGUUCGGCAAUCUUCGGCCGCCGCCUCAUUAGCAUUCGGCGCUCGGCUUGAGGAGGAGGAGGGUGGAGGAAGAGUUGAGAGGGGGGAGAUGCUGAGAGAGAAGCGCCGCACUCGGAGCAGGAAUCUGCCACGCUCGGUGCUCCGUCGCUAAGGGUCCUUUGUUCCUCGACUACUGGGGUCGCCCCACUUUUAUUUUUCACCCCCAACCUUAGUCGUUAAUUGCCGGCUGCACCUAAAAAAAAAAAAAAAAAACAACAAAAAAGGAUGCGUUGGAUUUAACAUUUUAAUCGUCCUUCUCUCUCCUGGAAUAUUCCUGCCUCCCCUCCCUGAGUGUGUGUGUGUAAGGUAGAUGCGGACCGCCGCGGCCAUGCAGCAGAUUGUGCAUUUCUCCGUGUCCUUCCUCCUCGUUUUGUGGGGGUGCGCGCACGGAGGCUCACCCAGCGUCCAAAUCGGGGGUCUCUUCCCGAGAGGCGCCGACCAAGAGUACAGCGCCUUCCGGAUAGGCAUGGUCCAGUUCGGUACGGCUGAGUUCAGGCUCACGCCUCACAUCGACAACCUGGAGGUGGCCAAUAGCUUCGCAGUCACCAAUUGCUUCUGCUCGCAGUUCUCCAGGGGCGUCUACGCCAUUUUCGGAUUCUACGACAAAAAGUCGGUCAACACCAUCGCGUCGUUCUGCGGUACGCUGCACGUGUCCUUCAUCACGCCCAGUUUCCCGCUGGACGGCACCCAGCAGUUCAUCAUCCAGAUGAGGCCCGACAUCAAGGGCCCGCUGCUCAGCCUCAUCGAGUACUACAAGUGGGACAAGUUCGCCUACCUGUACGACAGCGAUCGAGGCCUGACGACGCUUCAGGUGGUCCUGGACACGGCGGCCGAAAGGAAGUGGCAAGUGACGGCCAUCAACGUGGGCAACCUCAAAGAUGAGCGCAAGGACGAAGCGUACCGCUCGCUCUUCCAGGACCUGGAGAACAAGAAAGAGCGCAGGGUGAUCCUGGACUGUGAACAGGACAAAGUCAAAGACAUCAUGGACCAGGUCAUCACCAUUGGCAGGCAUGUUAAAGGCUACCAUUACAUCAUAGCCAAUCUGGGUUUUGUCGACGGUGACCUAUCCAAAAUCCAGUACGGCGGCGCCAACGUGUCGGGCUUCCAGAUCGUGGAUUUCGACGACCCGCUGGUGUCCAAGUUUGACCAGAGAUGGGAGGCCCUGGAGGAGAAAGAGUAUCCCGGAGCAGACAGCAAGAUCAGGUACACGUCGGCGUUGACGUACGACGCGGUUCAGGUGAUGACCGAGGCCUUCCGGUACCUGCACAAGCAACGCAUUGACUUCACCCGGCGGGCCAAUAACGGCGACUGCCUGGCCAACCCCGCCGUUCCCUGGGCUCAGGGAGUUGAGAUCGAGCGAGCGCUGAAGCAGGUGCGCGUAGAGGGCCUGACAGGGAAUAUUCAGUUCGACCAACACGGCAAGCGGGUCAACUACUCAGUCAACAUAAUGGAACUGAAAAACAACGGCCCCGUAAAGAUCGGCUACUGGAACGAGGUUGACAAAAUGGCUGUCACCAAAUCCGACGUCUUUGCCAACGACUCGACGGGGAUGGAAAACAAAACGGUCAUUGUCACCACCAUCUUAGAAGCUCCUUACGUCAUGCUGAAAAAGAACGCAGAUCUCUUUGAGGACAACGACCGGUACGAGGGCUACUGCGUGGAUCUGGCCGCCGAGAUCGCUAAACACUGUGGCUUCAAAUACCAGCUGAAAAUCGUCGGCGACGGCAGGUACGGAGCCAGGGAUGCUGAGACCAAGAUCUGGAAUGGGAUGGUCGGCGAGCUAGUGUAUGGGAAAGCCGACAUCGCCGUGGCUCCGCUGACCAUCACCCUGGUCCGAGAGGAGGUGAUCGACUUCUCCAAGCCCUUCAUGUCUCUGGGGAUCUCCAUCAUGAUCAAGAAGCCCCAGAAGUCCAAACCCGGUGUCUUCUCCUUCCUGGACCCGCUGGCCUACGAGAUCUGGAUGUGCAUCGUGUUCGCCUACAUUGGCGUCAGCGUGGUGCUCUUCCUGGUCAGCCGCUUCAGCCCGUACGAGUGGCACACCGAGGAGUACGAGGACGGCCAGAUCCAGACCAACGAGUCCACCAACGAGUUUGGCAUAUUCAACAGCCUGUGGUUCUCCCUGGGGGCGUUCAUGCGACAAGGCUGCGACAUUUCGCCAAGGUCUCUGUCCGGGCGCAUCGUGGGCGGCGUGUGGUGGUUCUUCACGCUCAUCAUCAUCUCGUCCUACACGGCCAACCUGGCUGCUUUCCUCACUGUUGAGAGGAUGGUGUCGCCCAUUGAGAGCGCCGAGGACCUGGCCAAGCAGACCGAGAUUGCAUACGGCACGCUAGACUCAGGCUCCACUAAAGAGUUCUUUAGGCGUUCUAAAAUUGCCCUCUUUGACAAAAUGUGGACGUACAUGCGGAGUGCAGAGCCCUCCGUGUUUGUGAAAAAAACAGCUGAGGGGGUUCUGAGGGUCCGCAAGUCCAAGGGGAAGUACGCCUACUUGCUGGAGUCCACCAUGAACGAGUACAUCGAGCAGCGCAAGCCCUGCGACACCAUGAAGGUGGGAGGCAACCUGGACUCCAAAGGCUACGGGAUCGCCACGCCCAAAGGAUCCUCAUUAAGAAAUGCGGUUAACCUCGCAGUACUAAAACUGAAUGAACAAGGCCUGUUGGACAAAUUGAAAAACAAAUGGUGGUACGACAAAGGAGAGUGCGGCAGCGGGGGAGGUGAUUCCAAGGAGAAGACCAGCGCCCUCAGCCUGAGCAACGUGGCUGGGGUCUUCUACAUUCUGGUCGGAGGACUCGGCUUGGCCAUGCUGGUGGCCUUGAUCGAGUUCUGUUACAAGUCCCGAGCCGAGGCCAAACGAAUGAAGAUGACUUUCGGGGACGCUAUGAGGAACAAAGCGAGACUUUCGGUCACCGGGAGCACUGGGGAGAAUGGUCGGGUGAUGACUCCGGAGUUCCCGAAGGCCGUCCACGCCGUCCCGUACGUCAGGCCCGACAUGGGCCUCAACGUCAGCCUGACAGACCUGUCCUGAUCCCAGACCAACUUCCGAGUGCCUUACCAUGGUUUCAAAAGAAAGAAAAGAGCGCUUUUGUUCUUUUUUUCCUUCGAAAGAGGUUUGUUUUUUUUCUCCCCCCCAACGCUCUCUAGUAUCGCUCGCUUCUGUUCUGGCACUUUUUUUCUCAAAUGGGAACGUCGGACAUCACAAAGACUUGGUCGCUGGUCGUUAUUUUCCCCAAUGUUUAAAAAAAAGAAAAAAAGGCGAUCCUGGAAUAUGUUGGAAUAUUGUUUCUCAUUCCUAAAUGCGCGGAAGCCAUGGCUUGACAGCUGCUUCUCCUAAAUCAUGAACUGUGCGUAGGUGUGUGUGUGUAUGUGUGUGUGCGCGUGUGUCUGUCUGUGUGUGCGUGUUAAUAUAUCACCACAGCCACAUCCCAAACAGGAAGCACAUCCGUGUUCUAAAAAUGUGAAAUAGUCCUUUGAAGUUUUUUUUUUUUUUUUUUUUAAGAAAAUCCCAAGAAAAUGCUGAUUUAAAAAAAAACCAACUAUUUUUAUGUAUUUUCACAUAAUAGCUUUUAAAGAAACUCGCCUGUUGGAUUUAAACAUGCUAGUGUGCGGAAGAAAGAAAAACAGUAACAGAAAUCAUGUAAUUAAAUUCCUGUAUAUUUUAUUCGUUAACCUUUGGUGUUGAUAUGAACUAUAUGUCAAUGCUUGACCCUUUUGGAAUCUACAUUUUCUUCCGUGAUUUUCUUUGACCCCGACCUGCUGUCAUUUUUUCUGCCGCGGACCAGGGUCGUUUGUCGCGCUUUCAGGAGGAAGUGAACCUGUUUACACGCCAUGAAUGCAAAAUACAGUAUAUAGAUAUAUAUUAAAAAAACGUACAAAAACAAAUGGAAAAGGGCGUUCGAGAGGCAUCAGCAUCGACGACGCAGAAAAAUGUCUAAAUGCCAAAUAAGUGAUGGGUGCCAAAUCCUAGUGCCAGUAGAUGAUGAAUAUAGUCUUAAUAUAAUCAAUCACUGUCAUUUCAGUGAAUGUAAAUGACUUUUUUUUUUUUUUUGUAAACUAUAGAUGGACAGUCAGUCGGUGGCGAUGACACAGCUAAUAACGAUAAAUAAAUAGCCUUUUUUCGGGGUUGUUUUCGGAGUUGUUUUCCAUGUAUUUUUGCAUCCACCCGACGAUGACGUAGCAGCGGUUUCUGCAUGUCGUUUGCCGCCGUUGUGACGUUUUUGAUUUUUCUUUUCUCAUUUUCAUUCCUGUCAGAAAAAAAACGCACACACACACAACAGCGUUUACAUUUUAACGUAGAAGUCAUGACGGUGUUUGAAAUUUCCGGGGGGAAACGAAAACAUACAUACGAUAUAUAUAUAUAUAUAUAUAUAUAUAUACAUAUAUUUUGUACAAAAAGAUGAAAUUUGAAAAAAGCAUAGCCUCCUUUCCAUGAUCGUGUCAAAGCUACUUAAUUAAUUGAGACUUUAGAAAAUGUUUUGUGUUUUUUAAAGACAAGCACUUCUAAUUUCAUAGGACUCACUUGAUCUCUUUUAUGACCUGUAAAGAGCCCCCGUGUAUCAUACAUAUGGGGUAAUAAUCUGUAUUAUUAUUAUCAUCGUUAUUACUAUGGCUGUUGUUUUUGUAUUCCGACAAUAGAUAACACGCAUAUACUUGUAGUCGCUUCUAAGUUCCAUAUGGCGUAAAUUCAGGCUAUUCUCGCUGACAUUUUGUAUUAUGGAAUGUGUGCCAACUUGUUUAUUUUUGGGACUUUCUUAAAUAAAUUUGAA